AUGAACCGAUACCAGUUCAAAUCCGCCGAGGAAAGGGACGCAGUUCAGUGCCAACUAUUUGUGGAAAGUUUAAGAGGAGUAGCUCUCGACUGGUUCUCGCGACUCGAGGCCAAUUCGAUCGAUAACUACAAGGAGUUAACGACAGCCUUCGUCAAACACUUCUCCAUGUUCAUUGGACAGAACACCAAGAACUCCGAGCUCUGGCAAAUAGCCCAAGGACCAAGCGAGAGCCUCCGCGAUUUCAUUCAGCGCUUUAAGACGAUCGUCGCUAAUUGUACGAUUAGCGAUGAAGCCGCUCUCUUAUGCCUCCAGAAAGGAGCUCGGAUAAAGACUAGCUUCCGGAGCGCGAUCACUCACAACCCUCCACAGACGCUAGAAGACGCGCUACACCGAGCUAAUACUUACAUCGCCGAAGAGGAAGAAGAAGCCGCUUAUGAGCAGAGUUAUUCGACAAAGCAACCCGAACGUUCAAAAGUCACAACUAAUGAACCACAGUCGGGAUACGGUCGAGGGUACGAGAAUCGUAAGAAGUUCUAUGCUAAUGCGAUCCAACAACCGACCAAGCAGUGGAACAAAAAAUGGGUCCGCGGUGAAGAAGAUCAAGACGAGUCUUUGUUCUGUGAAUUCCACAACCGUAGAGGACACAGCACCGAGGAAUGCAGACACCUGCAUGAAUAUCUACUCGGCCAAUACCGAAAGGGGCCAGUCUCAGUUGACGAUCUCCGUCGCUUAAACGCACCUAGGAACAGUGGGCAGACUUUGAUUGACGAUCUUCGUCGAUCAAACAUGCCUCGACCGAAUAACGCGCAGCUCGAGAACGCCAUCACUAAGGAUCCACCAACUCCACCAGCUUUACCGACAUUACCAACUUUACCAGCGUUACCACCACCGCCACCGUAUCCGCCUGCUUUGCCCGAACAACAGAAACGCAAUCGCGACGACCGAGCACAAGAAAACCAUGCUCCCAAAGCAAGGAAACGCGUCAACAUGAUAAUGGGAGCCAUCGAGGCUUGCAGCUACUCGGUUCGAGCUAUCAAAGAAUACAGUCGACAGGCCGCCAGCGCACCCAAAGUCCCACAGGAUCCGCCGAAAGGAACGCCUUUGGUAUUUACCGAGGCUGACAUAAUCGGGUUGCAUAAACCGCAUAACGACGCCCUCGUCGUCGAACUACUUCUCGACGAUGUCGAAGUUAGCCGCAUUCUGGUCGAUACAGGUAGUUCGGUCAACAUUAUCUUCAAGGAAGCACUUGACCAGCUCGACUUAUCCUCAGAUAGGAUUGAGCCUUUUAUCGAGCCACUAACAGGUUUCGAUGGAGAACGCUGCAUGACAGUCGGUAUGGUCAACAUCCUGAUCUACCUCGGUGGAGUCGCAAAGAUUAUCCAGUUUCUCAUCCUCGAUAAAUCGGCAAUCUACAACGCCAUUCUCGGUACGCCUUGGUUACACGCAAUGAAGGCGGUCGCCUCGACGUACCAUCAAUGCCUCAAGUUCCCAACUCCCGAUGGUGUCUACACCCUUCGAGGAAACCAAGCCGUCGCUCGAUCAUGCUACAUAAACGAGUGCAAACUUCAUUCGGCCAAUCAAGCUUGUGUCAUCAGUUCGUUAGGACCGACGAACGAGCUCGUCGUCCAGCAGACAAAACCUAAGCGGGAGUCGAUCGUUGAAGUUUGCAUCGAUGAGCUAAGGCCAGAGCGCCAAGUCGGAAUCGGCGCCGAACUCGACCCAAACAUCCGUGAGCCACUCAUUCACUUUCUGAAACAGCAUUCGUCAACCUUCGCUUGGUCGCCAAUCAAGCAGAAACGCAAAAAGCUCGGACCAGAGAAGGCACAGGCCGUCAAUGACGAAGUCGAGCGGUUGCUCAAUGCAGGUUCCAUCACCGAAGUUAAAUAUCCAGAUUGGUUAGCUAACCCUGUAGUCGUCAAGAAGAAGAAUGGUAAAUGGAUGAUCUGCGUCGACUUUACCGAUCUCAAUAAGGCAUGUCCGAAAGAUAGCUUUCCUUUGCCUCAUAUUGACCGUCUUGUGGAAGCAACUGCCGGGAACGAACUACUCUCAUUCAUGGACGCGUUCUCCGGAUAUAAUCAGAUUCUUAUGCAUCAGAAAGAUCGGGAAAAGACAUCGUUCAUCACAGACCGCGGCAUAUACUGCUAUAAGGUCAUGCCUUUUGGCCUGAAGAAUGCUCGAGCGACAUACCAACGGCUGGUGAAUCGGAUGUUCGCAAGCCAGCUCGGGCGAACUAUGGAAGUUUACAUUGAUGAUAUGCUCGUGAAAUCGCUCGUCGCUUCCGAUCACGUCGGUCAUCUCCGCACGUGCUUUGAUAUUUUGGAUCAGUACGGCAUGAAGCUUAAUCCCACCAAGUGUACGUUCGGCGUAACAUCUGGAGAGUUCCUUGGAUACAUAGUCACACAGCGAGGCAUUGAAGCUAAUCCAAAGCAGAUCGCAGCUAUACUCGAACUCCCGUCUCCGACAACCAAACGCGAAGUUCAACGACUUACUGGACGUAUUGCAGCACUGAAUCGAUUUAUAUCCAGAUCGACAGACAAGUGCUUACCUUUCUACCAACUUCUUCACGGUAACAAACAUCUCGAGUGGAAUGAGAAGUGCGAAGAAGCUUUUGCCGAACUGAAGAAAUACUUGUCUAUGCCGCCAGUCUUAUCCAAACCUGAAACUGGCGAAACACUUUAUCUUUACAUUGCAAUUUCGGAGUUCGCGGUCAGCAGUGUUCUUGUUCGAGAGGAUCGUGGCGAGCAAAAGCCAAUUUCUACACAAGGAUCCGGCGUCGGGAUUCGUCUCAAAUCCCUCGAAGGAGAGGUUAUCGAGCAUUCAUUUCGACUUGGCUUCCCGGCAUCUAAUAACGAAGCCGAGUACGAAGCAUUGAUUGUCGGACUACGACUUGCCAAAGGUAUCGGUGCCGAGCACGUACACGCCUACUGUGACUCUCAACUUGUGGCUAACCAAUUUCACGGUGAAUACGAGGCCAAGAAUGACCGCAUGGACGCGUACCUCAAAGUCCUCAAGGAUGUCGCUUCGGAGUUCUCAACCUUCGAGCUUACAAAGAUACCUCGUGAUGGGAAUGCAACCGCCGACGCCUUAGCCGCUCUCGCGACUAAUUCUGAUCCCGAUCUUCGGCGAACUAUCCCAAUCGCAGCAAUCGAGCGACCAAGUGUCGAGCCUGCUCCAAACUUUGACACCGGAUCUGAUCUCGAAGAUGAAUCCGAAGGCCAACAUAUUCCAAUCGACAUCGAAGCCGAAGGUGAAGACGAGCCCGAAGAUUGGACCUUAGAAAUUGUGGGCUACAUUGGAGAUGGAACGGUUCCUGCAGAUAAAUGGGCAGCUCGACGCCUUAAGGCUCGAGCAGCUCGAUAUGUGGUCAUUAAUGGCACUAUCCUCAGAUGGGAUGCUUCCGGCGUACUCUUGACUUGUGUUCGCGGCAACGACAUCAUGGAAGUAAUGUAG